GGAAAGCCUGCUCUGUAGUGCUUCCGGCUGUCAGUGCUAACAGACUCGCAAGGAUCUGGGUCCUCCUCUGUGUCACCAGUAAUGCGCUCAGUACUACCCGGAUUCUCGCCCUGGACAAAAUGAAACUGGUUUACCUCUCUGAGGGGAACUGCGGACUGUCUGCGUUACAACAUAACAUAUUUAAUUAUUACAACGUUGCAAGGAGCCCAGCUCUGUAGGUACCGUUCAUCUGGUAAAUUGUAAGACGUCCAGGGGUGAUACCCAGCAAGUUGGUGCCAAGUUGGAUGCUUUAUGUUAUUUUCCCAGGAAGGGUUAAUCAGCAGCUGCAAUGUCAGAGGUUUAUGACAUGGAGUUGGAGCUUGGAGUAUGCAGCGUUUCUGUUCUGUGCUGCCUCGCGCUGGCGUGCUGCUAUGUCGGCAGCUUGUAUGUGUGGAAGAGUGAGCUGCCCAGGGACCACCCAGCUGUCAUCAAGAGACGAUUCACUAGCGUACUGAUUGUGUCUGUGCUCUCCCCGCUCUUCAUCUCUGUGUGGAUGGAGCUGACUGGCAUCAAGACAAAUGUACCUUUGUUUAGUCUCAUGGGUCUCCGCCUUGAGGGAAUCAUUUCAGCAACACUACUGCCCUUGCUGCUCACUAUGAUCUUAUUCCUGGGUCCACUGGUACAACUCUCUCUGGACUGUCCGUGGGAUUUUCUCGAUGGGUUGAAAGUGGCUUUUGACCCACAGUAUUGGCUACUUUGCGUCACGGAUAUGCGCUGGUUGCGUAACCAGGUGAUUGCUCCGCUAACUGAAGAGCUGGUGUUCCGUGCAUGUAUGCUGCCCAUGUUAGUGCCAUGCACAGGCCUGGAUCCAGCCAUCUUCACUUGUCCUCUCUUCUUUGGAAUUGCUCAUUUCCAUCACGUUAUUGAACAGCUUCGAUUCCGCCAAGGAACGAUCAUCAGCAUUUUUCUCUCUGCUGCGUUUCAGUUCUCGUAUACUGCAGUAUUUGGAGCCUAUACAGCCUUCAUCUUCAUAAGAACAGGACAUCUGGUAGGCCCCGUACUUUGCCAUUCCUUCUGCAACUACAUUGGAUUUCCAGCUAUUUUUACAGCCUUGGACCACCCUCAACGUUUCAUCAUUCUUCUUUUCUACAUUCUUGGGGUUGUGCUGUUCUUUUUGCUGCUAUAUCCCAUGACUGACCCCACGUUAUAUGGAGACAUCCCUAUCUGUCAGUUGUUGGAGAGAGGAUCUGCCGAGUUCAACUCAAUAUGUUCCUGACCACACCAGCAACCCCAAACCAAAUGCCAUCAAACCCUUAGUGAGGCACAAGAUACAAAUCAAGUGCUCAUCACUCACAAACAAAGAGCACAGCAUUUUCUGUAAAGCCAACGAUUCUUUUGUUGAUCUGAUGACUUCAUAAAGAUAGCUGAUAUUUUCUUGAAUCACUUUGACCAAAAUUGAUAGUUUAAAAAUCAUGGUAUGGUGUCUGGUGCAGGUGAUGAAACUUCUAUUAAUUUGGAUUUCUGGACAAAAUCAUUUAGACGGUCAACAAGGAUUGAGAUGUGUACCAGUAGUUUGCGGAAAAACCUCUUCCAUCACUCCACUUUUUUGAUACAGGUUCUCGGGAGAGAGGUUUUUUUUCUUCUUCCCAUCAUGACAGAUGAGACAAUUUUGAUGGACAUCCAAUGAAGCUGAUGUCUCCAGUGUUCUCCAGUAUUUUACUAUUCCAUAGUACUAUAUUUUUGUACAUUUGAUGUGCGCCCAGAAUUAUUUUUGUCUUUAUUGGAUCUAGAUGUUAAUUACAUCUCAUCGGAAUCCACAGAAUCAUGCAUUUUCUCUCGGAUGUCUAUUUUUAUUUUUUUGACAUAAUAUUGGAAGGACAGAGACUGAAGUGUCUAUUUUUAUACAGAUGGAGAGAUCUAUCAUAAUAUUUGUUGCCAAAGGGUCUGCUUCUUCACUUGAAAGGCCUAAUUUUUACCAACAAAGACCACAAUUUUGAAUACUGUUCUAUAAAUAAAUUUUACCUGCUGAUUAUA